AUGUCUGCCGAAAACACUAUCGCUAAACCUCGCUAUCGUAUUCCUACGAGUGAGGACCAUGAACGCACAUCUGCUCUUUUCUUGGGUCCCAAGGCAGAAAAUGCCAAAUUCCUCCGGGAGUGGUUGAUGACGGUCGUCUCUCAACAAGAAGCAGCCCGCCAUGCGUAUUCCCCGAAAGACAACAUCUUUAUUUCCGCCGCCACGCAAAGCUCCAAAGCUUUUCGCGAGACUACGAACGCAAUAACGAGCAACCUCACCGCGUUAUUGACCGAACUCGGCCAAAAAUCAGUUCCGUUCUACUCUCCCCGGUACAGCGGACAUAUGUCUGUAGACCAAAGUUUGCCGGCCAUUCUCGGGUAUUUGUCGACCUUGUUUUACAAUCCCAACAAUGUUGCCUUUGAGGCUAGUCCGUUCACGACUAUCAUCGAGGGAGAAGUUGGCUUGCAACUCUCUGAAAUGCUGGGUUAUAAUCGGCUAAAUAACGUGGAUGAACCUCUCGCCUGGGGACAUAUUGCAUCGGGUGGUACUGUUGCAAACUUGGAAUCAAUGUGGGCGGGUAAAACUUAUCUUGAUAUAUCCAUACUAGCGCGCAACCUCAAGUUCUAUCCUCUCUCGCUCCGAAAUGCUUCGGCCAAAGGCGCAGAAUUGGAAUUCAUUGCUGACACCUUCUCCGUGAAAACUUGCGUCGGUGAUGAGAAACUACUGAAGGACUGUAGUAUGUGGGAACUCUUCAAUUUGCAUGUAACCACCAUCUUGGACCUGCCCGACCGCUUGAACAAGGAGUACAGGAUUUCUGGCCAGUUCCUUGAAAAGGUUAUGCGCAAGUAUAUUAUCCAGUCGACCAACAAGGACGUGUUGAUGCAAAACUGGCAGCCUCCGGAGAAGCUUGUGCAACCUGUCGUUCUCUCCCCGAGCACCAAUCAUUAUUCAUGGCCAAAGGCUGCAGCUGUGCUCGGCAUUGGUUCUGAUAACCUUCGCAAUGUCCCGGUUGACAUGCAAGCGCGCAUGGACAUAAACGAGCUCGACCGUAUGUUGCAAAGGUGCCUGGAUGAGAAGACGCCGGUAUAUCAGGUCGUUGCUGUUAUUGGCACGACCGAAGAAGGUGGUAUCGAUCGCAUUACAGAGGUCCUGAGACUACGCAAAAAGUAUCAAGCCUUGGGUCUAUCUUUUGCCAUCCAUGCAGACGCAGCGUGGGGCGGAUACUUUGCAACCAUGCUACCCAGACCCACACCGUACACACCUGGACAAAAUACAUCGCUUCCCGCAGACAGCACCAAUCCGGACUUUGUCCCAUACGUCGGUUUACGCCCAGAGAGCGCCUUACAACUCAGCCAUAUAAAGUUUGCUGACUCCAUUACUGUCGACCCGCACAAGGCAGGUUAUAUUCCGUAUCCUGCCGGAGCGCUCUGCUAUCGAGAUGGUAGAAUGAGACACCUUCUUACGUGGUCCGCACCCUACCUUAUCCAAGGCAACGAAGGCCAAAGUAUCGGAAUAUACGGGAUCGAGGGAAGUAAGCCUGGUGCAGCAGCAUCCGCUGUAUUUAUGGCGCAUGGAACCAUUGGCAUUAACGGUUAUGGGAGCCUUCUUGGCCAGGCAAUGUUUACAUGCCGCCGAUACGCUGCUCACUGGUCUGCAAUGUCUACCGAUUCUACCAGUUUCACUGUCACCCCGUUCAAUCCUAUCCCCGCUGACGUCGACCCCAACGCUGACCCUGCAAAGGUUGAAGAGCAAAAGCAGUUCAUCAGAGAUCGUAUCUUGUUCAAGUCGAACGAGGAAAUAUACAACGAUUCCGAGGCUAUGGAACUCUUGCACCAACUUGGGUCCGAUCUCAACAUCAACGUUUUCGCAUGCAACUUCCGCGACCGCGAUGGCAAUCUCAAUAUAGAUGUCGAGGAAGCCAACUGGCUCAAUAACCGUAUUUUCCAACGCUUCUCUGUUACCAGUGCUGAGGAGAACCCAUUGGAUACGCCGUUCUUCCUCAGCUCGACCACCUUGAAACAGUCCGAAUACGGCGUCUGCGCAGCCGAAGUAAAGCGACGCAUGGGACUUGUAGGCGACCAGGAUGUUAUAGUCCUUAGGAAUGUUGUUAUGUCUCCAUUCACGGCAACGAACGACUUUGUGGGUACUCUGGCAAACACCUUCCAAAAGAUCGUUGAGGAGGAGGUCGAGUAUGCACGGAUCCGCAACGAUAUGAAACCUAGCAUUCACACCUUCCUUCUUCACGGUUCAGUAGAGCAAUAUUAUCUUGUCCACACCCCGACGAUCCAUAUGGCUAGCGGACGUCGCCAAAUCAUCCUUUCAGUAGAUAUUACGGGUACGGUUCACCAGGCGAUACAUGCCGAUGAACAAGUUGAGGCGCUCAUUAUACACAACACUGUUCCUCUCCGCCUUGACGAUAUUGUGGAUGGAGCGUCAUUCGAAGGCAUACUUAGCAUCGGAAAGAGGCAAACUGAUAUCAAAGUUAACAUUUCGAACAUCAAAGUCGUCAAGAAGCGCUCUCUGAUGACUGAGGACCUGGAAUCUGCGUACCCAUCAUUGAUGCCAUUCUAUUUCUACGGGACUCAAAAACACGCUCAUAUCGAUCAUGUCAUUACUGUCGUUCCUAACAUCCAUCUCAGUGCUGGCCGAAUUGAAUACAAAUUCGACGACGACUUGUCAAGCGAGGACCUCGCCAAGGGUCUCAUUGUCGUUGCUGAGAAUGUACAUGAGGCAUCCAUGCAGCCCUUCCCGCUCAUGAAAGAUCUCCAUAUCGACGACCAAUUCUUCUUCAACUCUGGGCAAACUCUCCACGUCAAAGUAUACAGAGACCCAUACCCCGCGUCGACCAUGGAUCCCAUCCCUCUCCACGACAUCAAGAACCAGCCCGUUGUUACACAAGGCACUAUCACGCUCGUCGGAAAUCUUUACGUUGACUCUGAUGCUCUCAAUGUCGCUUCCGAGCCUACUGCCGACGAUGACGCUCGCGCCGCUUCUCAAGCUCGCAAUAUGUACGGCGAGAUGACCGCUGGAACCAUCAAAGGUUGGCAAAGUGCUGUUCGUGAUUUCCACAACAAAUUAGAGACUAUCGCUCCCGCCAAGUAA